AUGAUGACAGGAAACUUGAACGGCGGUGGGAGAGGAGGAGAAGGACCGUGCGGGGCAUGUAAGUUCUUGAGGAAGAAGUGUGUGAGAGGAUGCGUUUUUGCUCCUUAUUUCGAUGCAGAGCAAGGGACAUCAAGGUUUGCAGCGGUUCACAAAGUGUUUGGAGCGAGCAAUGCCUCUAAGAUGUUACAGAGAUUGCCUUUGAACAAGCGGCUUGAUGCGGUUGUCACGCUCUGUUACGAGGCCUUGGCUAGGCUCCGUGACCCUGUUUAUGGCUCUGUUGGCCAUCUCUUCUAUCUUCAACACCAGGUUAUGAAUUUACAAGCAGAGCUUGCUCAUGUUCAAGCUCGUCUUUCAACGUUUCAGCGUUUUUCUCUAGAGCCGCCACAAGAAAUGCAGGAGCCGCCUUUCGAUCUCGCGCAUAACAAUGAAUAUCCGUUGGAAACAACUAACUUGGAUUUUGUGUGGGAAGAGGGACAAUUACCUCAAGCUGGAAAUGAAGAUGGGGAAUUUCAAGAACUGGCGAUGCAGUUCGUCUCCAAGUAUUUACCCGCAACCAAACUUCCGUCUCGCACUUUCGGUUAG